UCACCUUAGCUGUCAACCAAAAUCAUUCUGAAAGUCCGUAAAAACUUUCUCCCAAGCAAUGGACAAAAAACCGAAUUAUGUGCUGAGCGAACGCGACUUGGAUAUUAAGGCAGAUAUGGCGUUCGUGGACAGUCUUUUAAAGGACCUUCGACUGGAGGUGGAGCCACGGGCUCGUGGCCUAAUCCUAGAUCUGGCUUACACUUUGGCAAGGGACAAGCUCGUUGAGGCCCAGCGUUUUGCAAAGCUGGCAAACCACUCGAACGUGUCGGUCGAGGAUCUGGAGAUGGCCCACCUGGAGCGGACAGAGGAGCUCAGGAGGAGACCCCUCCAGCAGCUGAUGAAGUCCCUGGUUCCCGGCCAGCCCACCCUGCCCAUGCCGAGCAUAAGCCAUGGCCUAAUGCUGCCAGCCUGGCGUCAGUGCCAAGUGGGAGCGACUCCCGAGCUGAAGGGCGGAGCCUCUGAUACCACCCAACCGAACCCGAGGAUCGGAUUGCCCCUUAAUCCGGGUGCUCCUGUUGCGGAAGUAGUGGGUCCUACUUCUAACAGCUCUUCGGUUCCAGCUCGUGCUGCUCCGCUUUCCAAGCCUCGUGCCGGGGUCUUAAAUCAAAGUCAAUCCGUGACUUGUUUCUCCUCUUCUGGAGUUCCUGGUGGAACCACUCGACCCACUGCAGUUCGUCCAGCCAUAAAUGCUCCACCUUAUAAAGCUGUCAGUGGGAAGUCAGUGGUAGCAUCUAAACCAUUCAAGUCCUCGAUCGCAGGGACCUCCUCCAAUUCCUCUGCUUCUCAACCUGGGGGAAUUCAGCCCGCAAAAAAGAAGUCACGCAUGCAUAAAUAAAGUCUACACAAAUCACUAAUAAGAAUUAGUGAACAAUAAGUAAUAAAUAAUAAGAAUAGUGAAUAUAUAUCUUUC